AUGGAAGCUUUGAAAACUCAGGAUAUGGUUGCAUCAAAGAAGAACUAUAAAAAAUCAUAUAUUAAAGGAAACAGUUUGGAAAAUAAUUUCGAGUCAAAUAAAAAGGAAAAACAUAAGAAGAGAAAGAGAAGGCAUGAAAUUAAUGGGGAAGCUACAAGAAAUUCGAAAGAAGAGGGCUUCACCAGUAGAAAAAAGAAGAGAAAGAGAUUGCAAGAAAUCAGUGCUUCAAUAGCAAGCAAAAGACACAAACUUAUUGAGGAUAAUGAUCUUGAGAGUGCCGUCUCAAGUACAGAUUUAAGAGUUUCUAAAAAGAGUCGUGUCAAAUUUGUUGAAGAGGAAAAUUAUGCUGAUGAAGCCAAGGAUGAAAUCGAACCUUCACGAGUAGAGAUUUUUCUCAAAAUUCAUAAAAGGCGUAAGGAUGGUAGACCAUUGGAUAAGAAGUCUGCAAAAGCAGCGGAACUAAUUGAAGAGAAGUUGAACAAUGGUGAGCUAUCUAAUGAAGAAUCUAUUAAUGGUGUUGCUUGGGAAGGAGAUGUUUACUCUCAAGUAUUGAAAAGUGAUAGAAGUGGUUACGUACAUGGUGUUAUAGGAAUUGGUAUUAUUGUAACUGCUAUAGGACUCAUAGUUGGUUGCCUUGCUGCAGUAUUGGCCUAA